UUAAACUAACAAACUCGUAAGUGUGGAUAAAAGUUGGUAGUUUACAUACCGUAAUACUUUACUAGACUUUAGUGAACCUCAGAGUUUAAUAUUGUGCUGCCAAGCAUUCAUUACCUUUAAAGGUAGCCUAAACUUUAUCUCAGAACAUCUGGGAGGGACUACCAUACUGAAUUCGCCUAGCAAGCACCACCAUCCACCACUAAAUGUGAAAUAUCUAUGGGACACACACACUUGUUCUGGUGAAGAAUCAAUGCAUGUAUUGAUUGUCAAGGAAUUUGUUAAAUUAAGAAGGGACUCGUCAUGAAUCAGUCCAGGAACAAUAAUUGCUCUAUCAGCAUCUUCAAACACAAUGUCUACCCAGCAACCUAUUUGGUCAUCUUUAUAUUGGGACUGAUCUUUAACCUCAUCUCACUGUGGUUUUUUCUGACUGUGUGGAAGACUAACAGGAAGUUUGGUCCUGUCAACUUGUUUAUGUUGAAUCUUGUACUGUCUGACCUAAUGUUGGUGUGCUCCCUGCCAUUGAGGGCCGCAUACUAUCUGAUGCAUUCCAACUGGGUCUUUGGAGAUACUCUCUGCAGAAUCAUGUCUUUCUUAUUUUAUGUCAACAUGUACAGCAGCAUUUACUUCCUGAUGGUAUUAAGUGUGGUUCGCUUUUUAGCUGUCACCAAACCAUACACAUUUGCGAUGAUUAAGACCAGCCGGAGUGCCUGGAUAGUAUGCUUGUUGAUAUGGGUGUUAGUGUCCGUUGUGUCAAUUCCUAUGCUUAAAGCAGGGACUACCAAAGCUGCAUCUGGUGAAACCAAGUGUCUGGAGCUGAAUCCAGAUUAUAAUGCAGACCAAUUAUUCACAUUAAUCAUUGCUAAUUAUGUUACCAUGUUCUUUGGAAUCAUUUUACCUUUCACAGUAAUCUGCAUCUGUAAUGUAUUUGUGGUCUGUAAACUUGUUAGAAUUAGGAACAGGCAAGGAACAGAAAGACCUAGGUUUAAAAAGUCAAUUGCCCUAGUUAUCACAGUCCUCUGCAUUUUCCUGACCUGUUUUUUGCCAUACCAUGUUGUUCGCACUCUCUUCCUGGAUUCUGAACAAGAUAUAUCUAAUAAUGGUUAUGGAGAGUCCUGCACAUACACGGAACGGGUACGCAAAGCAGCUGUCAUCACGCUCUGUCUUGCUGCUGGGAAUAGCUGCCUUGAUCCACUUAUCUACUUUUUUGCAGGGGAAAACUUCAGACAGUUUGUUCUGAAACAAACUUCUGAAAAGGAAACUGAAAUACCAAACUAUACGAGAAGGACUCAGCUACAAGAACAUGAUAAGUAAUGCAAUGCUGUGUUUUAAUUCACCACAUGUAUCAAAGUUUGAGAGGAAUUUGUUCACAAGGUCAUUAUAACAUGUUAUCAAUUUUUUUUACUGUACUAAAUGAGAUGACAUUUGGUUUUUAUACAGA